GCCGACACUUAACAGCGACGAAGGGACAACACUACGACACGAAGUUCUCCGUGGUUGAGUAGAAUUAUUCACAGCCCGAGACACAUCAGUAAGGUUCUUACUUUUACGAGUUGAAUUUCAUCAUGCCAGUAGGAUCAUGCAAGAUAUUUUGCCUGUCUCUUGCGCAUAUUAUGUUGGGGGCUUUCAUGAUGGUAUGUGGCGCUGUUCAAGUUAUUCUUCAAAUGAAAUAUCUGUGGCUGGACUCUUUGUACGCUGGUAUCUGGGUCGGGAUAUGGGUAAGGUAUUGUGAAUCUAGUCGCAGCAUCUACACGAUCUCAUCUUCUCAAAUUUAGGGUGAAAUUAAGAAAAUCCCCACUGAGAUAAUCGAGUUUUGACAUACAGCCUUAACUCUCAUACAUGUGCUUAAGUAAUUGAUCAUAAGUUUUGCGUAUUUAUCAGUCCGAAUUUAUUUAAGAAUUAUUAUCCCAGCUUGAUUUAUAAGAUCAAUCAAGAUCUGUUCUUACAAACGUGUUGUGGAAGUAAAGAACGCCAAACAGCUUUCUUUAUAUACAGAAAGAACUUUACAACCACCGCGAAAAGUAUGAAUGAAACCCGGAAGUAAAAUGACCGCCAUUGCAAACACCAAAAAGCUAAGCUAGUAAUUGAGUCGGGUAGACUGUAUUAAAUUCUGCAAGCAGAAUACUGUAAUGCUGAUAGUACUACGUGAUCCUACGUUCGGCAUAUUCGUUUGCGGUCCUUUGCAGUCCUUUGUGGUUAAUGUUUGUACUUUACAUGGUGUAUUUUGGGGCCGUAGAUCUUUUAUAGAUCCGAUAUGCUGUAAUUUUUGCAAGGUUCUGUCCAUGUUUUUGACGUUGGUUUUAGCCAAUCCUUUAUUUUCUUUGCGAGACAUCAACUUCACACUUGGACUCUUGCCCGCCAGGAGACACGUGGUAUGGCGUGAUUCUGUGGGUGUUGAGGGUUCUAGGUUAGGGCUUAAAUCUGAGUGCGCGGAUAUUUUUCAUCAGAGCUUACCUGGUUGUUACGCUACACUGACGAGCCCCAAAAAGGCCGAAACUGCUGUCUAUGGCUACAAUCCCGCUCUGUUUGAGUUCUUUCGGUGUCGUGUUGAUGCCUUGCAAAGUUAAUUUUCACAUAGUACGAUCAGUAUUGCAGUAUUCUGCUUGCAGAAUUUAAUAUGUCCUCUUCUUAUUUUUGCUGAUCAGGUCUUUAUAUAUCCUACGUUCGGCAUGUUCGUUUGCGGUCCUUUGCAGUCCUUUGUGGUUAAUGUUUGUACUCAAUUCCAAACUGUUUUGUACCAAAGAGACUGUAACUCCGAUUUUGCCCUAAUUGGACACGACAACGUGAUGUUUUACACAAUGAAAAUACAAGGAGCUUGCGCACUAACAGUGGUUGAAAACUCUACCUUUUGAAAAAGAGACGAACUGUUUCCAGCAACUGAUCGCUAACAUAAUUCUGAUUUCUUUAAAAACAGAGCCCGAGUGAUAAGAUAAGUAUAUUAACAAAAAAGCUCCGUAAAACUAUGGAAAAUUCCCAUGCCACUUAUUAGCUAUAUUUGGCCUCAAGCAAACGUAUCUGCUUCUUGAUUUUUUUUGUCCUUGAAAUACCGUUCACAGUAUGUGUUAACUGUAAGAUACAUGUGAUUAUCACACCGAGGGCAGGAAUACAAAGUUCAGUAUAAAUUCAUAUAGAUGUUAUUUUAUUCUUCAGUGCAUAGUUUAUAGCGGGGCUCCCACGCGCGAAGCGCGCGUGGGACAGAGCCCCAUACCCAUAGAUUAUGGUCAACCUCUUUUCCUUUGGUUGUCAAGUGAUUGACCGAGCGUACGCGUCUACGGAUUGUACGGGUGGGGUAGGGGAGACUAUCAAAAGGAAGGGAGGGGUGUCUCAGGCGUGUCUUGCCAAGUCCACAUCUUUUACAUUGGACAUUCACAAUAUGGUCAAUUGACAGCUGUCAAAACAGGAUAGCCACUGACCAGUAUCCCAUGACCAUAUCGCGGGCUCAUGUGUCAACUCAUUGAGGUGACGUGAUUUAUUUGGAAGCUGUCCGCUGACCAGUUAAUUAUUUUACUAGAUCGCGAUCAAUGUUCAGUCUCAUACUUUCUAGCUAGUUUGGGAUCGGAGCACAGGAAAACUGAUACACGUCAAUGUUGUGAUCCAUUGACAGCUGUCAAAACAAGGUAUCCGCUGACCAGUAUCACUUGACUGUAUCGCGGGCUCAGGUGUCGACCCAUCGAGGUCAGGUAUUUUUUUGAAGUUAUCCGCUGACAAGUUACUAGUUUUCAAGUGAUCGCAGGCUCAAGUUUAAUUUUCUUUAAAAUUCAUAUGAAAUAUGUUGUGUUUAUGCCGCACAAUUAAAAUUUUGAUUUCAAACUGACCUCGGACGCGAAAAUUCAGCCAGCUGCUACAGGCAGGGAAGACAGUUGCUUUUGACUUUUCUUGCCAUGUUCACGCGUUGGUCACGCUCUACGUCCAAUUUUUAUGCUCUGAUUGGUAAAAAUGUGACAGGUGAGUUCAUGCGGAAAAUUUAUGCAGCAUCUUGAAUCUUGUUUACUUUGACAGCUGAAGCUGACAGAGUUUUGUGUCAACUUGUGAUGUUUUUAACUUUCUUUUUCCACUGGAUGUACAAAAUGAAAUUCAGCUGCUAUCAGGAGUCUUCUGUUAUUCAUGGCUAGUUUGUUUAUUGGGUUUUUGGUUGAGUCAAAGUCGGAAAUCCGAUUUCGGAUGGCAUCGUUUUCGUUUUUAUCUUGCUUAAUGCGUAAGAGGGUUGCAAAGUCUGAAGCGAUACUGGCCUUACUUGAUACCUUUCAGGAGCCGCAUCUCGAGUGGUAAGCCUAAGUAAUUAUUGUAUUUGAUGUUUCUUUUUUAAUUCCUAAUUUAAUGAAGUCGAGCGUAGUUUAUGCGAUUAUUUUGUUUACGCACGUUUGUAAGAUUUGAGACAAUGAUCUGACCGAGUAUCAGGUUUGUUAUAAGCUUACAGAUCUUUAAAAAGCCUUUAGACAUUUUCUCACCGCAAAUAGAAGAAAACGUUUCAAAGAAUAUUUAGUUAUAAUUCUGUCUGUAAAAGAAAGGUUUGAGCGAUUUUCUUGCCUCGAGUUCGUCUUUGAAAAAAGCAAACACCGGGAAGCCGGCUUAAAACAUAAACUUCAGCUUUAAGCUCGAAGACUCAGGAUUUUUAGAGACACUUUAAUACUUGUCUUCCUGAAUGAAAUUUGUCGUCUCUGUAUAUGUUUCACCGAAUUAUAUUUCUUUUAUUGAUUGUGAGUACUCUCUCUUGUAAUUUUAAUCGGCGCGUUGUGCCUAUUGUUUUCAGUCGUUCAGCAGACAACGCUUCCCGGAGUACUCAAAAUGCCGCGCGUUAAACCGUUUUAAAAUAAAAAAUACACCGUAUUCACAAAUGGCGGACACGCGGGAAAAAACUGGUGCCUAGUCAUGAAAGCGAGGCGUUGGAGGAUAAACAAAAAUUGCAAAUGAAGACUUUCAGAGAACUUGCAGAGUGUUUAGCACGGAUUCCAACUAAAAUAACUUUCUACGGACUUCUUUUUAAAUACAAUUACGUGGGAUGUCUUCUGCUUUUAAUGUUUAGUAGCAAUUUGCUGUUUGCAAUCAAAAGGGACGCGUAUAUCUUCAAGGAAACAGGAUGAUUUUGUAGGUUUCCAAAGCAUCAGAAGCUCGACAAGUGGACGAUGGCUGGAGAAAAGAGGCAAACUUCACACUGAAACCGAAUACGAAAGCCAGCUCACUGCAAUUCGGUGAAACAGAAAUAUGAACAAGUCUUGGUGGCAAGAAAAAAAGAAAUGAGCGACAGAUAUAUGGCCUACUUGCAACUGUUAACGCAAGAGACGUCUGCCGUUGAACAAAACAGUUCAAGUAGAGAUGGAAGAAAGGAAGACAGGAAAGAAGAGGUGACUGAGGUUCCGAUGAAGUUAUGUUUGGUUUUUGUUUGCCAGGAAGUUAUUCUCUGGUCUUUAUCAAUGAAGGACAUCAAUUAGAACUAUUGUUUAGGUAUAAAUGCAGGAGCGAUCGAGAGGAGUACGCUCAAAAUUUCAACUUGUUACUCGGCAGACUCGGUAAGCCGGCCACAUAUCAUUUCAGCGAGUAAUUUCGUAUUUCUUACCUUUGGCUGUUAAGAGUUUUAACUUUAUGUUCCAUAAUAUUUUAAAGUUGAAGAAUACAAAAAUAAAAAAAUGAUGGUCUUCUUAAACUGAUCCAGACCCGAAUUCAAUUAUUCGAAACCGAAGCUUGCCGUGUGCAGUCCUGACAAAAACAUUUCCUUGAAAUUUUAACCUAGUAAAAUGUAAGCUUUAUACCACUUUUUUUACCAAGAGCUCUCUGAGAUAAUGCCCUAAAAAAGACCAGGCAAAUAGCAAGCCAUAAGAUUCACACACUACAGCUUCUAAUUUUGAUAAAAUUACUUUUAAUUAUUUCGCAAUGACAAAGAAAUCAUGAGAUUUUUGCUAAGCUCUGCCAACGUACCUCUAACAAUUCACUCCAAAGCGACGGAAUUAAUUUGAUCCAAUACAGAAUUGUAGUGAUCUGGCUUUCAUAUUCGGUUUCAGUGUGAGGUUUGGGCCAACAUGUUUGCCGCUUUUCUCCAGCCAUCGCCUACUCUUCGAGCUUCUGAUGCUUCGGAAACCUAGAAAAUCAUCCCGUUUCCUUGAAGAUAUACGCGUCCCUUUUGAUUGCAAACAGCAAAUCGCUACUAAACAUUAAAAGCAGAAGACAUCCCACUUAAUUGUAUUUAAAAAGAAGUCCGUACAAAGUUAUUUUAGGUGGAAUCCGUGCUAAACACUCUGCAAGUUCACUGAAAGUCUUCAUUUGCAAUUUUUGUUUAUCCUCCAACGCCUCGCUUUCAUGACUAGGCACCAGUUUUUUCCCGCGUGUCCGCCAUUUGUGAAUACGGUAUAUAAACAUAAUAAAUUCUUCAUUAUGUUGGAGCGUAACUCUGUUAAUGUUCAUUCAAACACUCGCCACUGCUAGCACUGUAGAAGUCAGAACCGGCUGGCCGUAUAGAUGAUUUUCAAAAUUUUUUCAUCGGUUUACGGCUAAAGCCCACGAGUGCUUCGAUCGUCCUGAAUAGCAAUUUGUAUCGCAAUAUUGUGAAAUACUGCAUUCUGUUGUCCGUGGUCUGUAUGAUAAAAACAGUGCCUCAUAGUACUGUUUCACCUCAGAUGUGACGUAUAAAUGUUAUAAAAGGUUGGUUUACACUCACCCAGAUUUGUUGGCAAGAUUUUGUAAAAUAAACUUGUCGAACGCAAAAAAUUCGGCCGGAAUUUUUUUUCCAGGCCUAAUUAAUCUACGGUGAUCAAGAGCCAUUAUGGCUCUUAAUAAAUGUGAUCGAAGAUGAUUGUCAGUUUUUGGGUGUACUUAUGAGGCUAUCAACUCGAUGUGAGAUUUGGUUCACUCUUGGGCUGUUUGCAAAUUAUUUUUUGUAAAAUCACUUAGCCUUUCCCUGAAAAGUCACACGAAUGUGCUCUAAAGUUAACUGAAUUGUGGAAUACAAGUUUAUUGUUUGAUUUAAAUUAUAAAUUUAUUAAUGGGAGCCUCGCUUUUAGCCCUGGGUAAAUCUAUAUAUUAUGUUGAUUCAAUUUAUUGGGCCUGACGAUUUCAUAUAAAAUACCCGGUUUAUAGUGACAAACAUGACUUAACACCCGACAAAGUUUUAUUUGCGGAGCAUUCCCGCUGUACGUAUUUUGCAUUUUCAUAACCACAAUUUAUGCACAUAAGAAACCUUUAUGUGACUUAUGUAUUAUCAGACCGAGACGAAUUUACAGUGAUUAGAAAAAAGACUGAGACAGGAGGAAAUAUUCUUUUAAGAAACAAACUGCUUAAAAUAAUAAUAAUAAUAAUAAUAAUAAUAAUAAUAAUGAUAUUAUUAUUAUUAUUAUUAUUAUUAUUAUUACUUGAUCAACGAAAUGAGUAGAAAUUACAGAUGUGUGAGAUUUGCAAAUCUCUCCGUGAGUUCCCUUGGCGUUUUCUCCGAUGAAUGCUCCACGUUCCUAGACAUGAUGAGUGACAUUGGCAUUGACAAAAAGCAGCAACUUUAUAUAAUAAAGAAAAUGAUAAAUAUAGCCAUUAGAGCAACAUAUUAUAUCUUUUGUUGUAGAAAUAGGAACUGGGAUAGCCCAGACUUAAUGCAAUUUUGAUUUCUUUUUCUUUUUUUUUUUGGCUUUUGUUUUGUUUUGUUUUUGUUUUUGUUUUUGUUCUUUUGUUUUGUUUUUUUCUUUUUAAUAAUCCAAUCUAAAGCAGCAUUUGUAAAUUGCCUAUACGUAGCGAGAUUUACAAUUAUUGUGCAUUCAAAAACACAAAUAAAGUUUCCAUUAUUAUUAUUAUUACUAUUAUUAUUAUUUUUAUUUAUGUAUCUAUUUAUUCAUUUAUUCAUUUUGAUCUCGAUUUCUUGCAGAUGAUUUUCACAGGAAUCAUGGGCAUUAUUGCCAACUCCGAGAAUAUUUUGUAUGUAAGUAAUCUUAACUCACGGAACUUACAUUCCUUUUUACGAAACUUUUUUUUUAUGGCCUAAGUAUAUUGAUUGAUUGAUUGAUUGAUUGAUUGAUCAGAUUACCACCAAAAGUGGCAGGGCAGCAAAUAAAGAGCCAAGGGGCUUAUUACGUAUUUUAUUCAGGCUACCAUUUACAAACAAAUUCAAAGCUUUUUAAGUAUACAUAAAUGACAAAGAAGAAGCUAAGUAAAGGUAAUAAGUCAAUAAUAAGGUUAAGAGGUAUAAUUAUCAAUCAACAAUAUCAAGAGCCAUCAUGACUCUUGACAUAUCGAAUUAAUUUAGGAUCUAAUUGUUGAUUCAAAUUGUCCUGAGGAAAAAAAUAUUCCAGUUAAUAGUCUAAAAAUUUAUUCUAAUGAUUAAAAUUAAGCAGGAACAGAGGAAAAGAAAAAAAAACUAGGCUAUACAAGAAAUUAUUAAUCAACAAUUAAUGGAAAUGAUUUAGCUUGUUGAACUAAAAAUCUAUGUAAGUUCUUUUUAAAGACAUUUUUGAAGAUUCGUCUUUGAGUCAGCAGCAGGGAGGGUUAUUCCAAAACUUUGGGCCUUGAUAUGCUAUGGCACAUUUCCUCAAAUUGGUUCUAGAAAAUUGAGAUCUGUCAACUCAAGGCAUUUCGAGGGGGGCGUAAGGGUUUGCGGUGAUGCGGUUUUGCUCGAUUUUUGGUGCGGUUUUGUGGAAAGUUUUAUUUUAAGUUGCGGUAACUGGCAGUUGUACAAAACCAAGCGGUUUGCAGUAUUAAGAAAUUUUCCGGUAAUUUCAUUGCGGUUUGCGGUUUUUUGGUUAUUCUGUACGGUUUUGCGGUAUUCGUACCCCCAUUACCCCCCUUCCCUCACCCCCUCCAUUUCUAGUAUUAUAAGAAUGAAGUUGAGAACUAGACAAGAACAUAUCAUGGAAGCCUACUGGAAGUAACUUAUUUUUGAAAGAAAACAUGAACAAGCCGAGCGUUAGCAUAUUUAUACUACUACAUGAGCCAUUUCUGCAAUUUGAUUGGCAGAGAGCAGUGGUAUUUCAGCUUAAUUUGAAAUACCUACAUAUGAAAAUUACAAACCUUUUGUGGGUAGUAGUAUAAACAAAUAAUAGCAUGAUUUGUGCGUGAUAUUUGGCAUAAAUACCACUUGUGAUAUUUCAGAAUUGUCUCAAAUUUCACUCGCCUAACGGCUCGUGAAAUUACGUAUGACAAUUUCGAAAUAUCACUCGUGGUAUUAAAGCCAAAUAUCACUACGAAUCAUGUUAUUACCUAUACAAAUAUUGGUCAUAUUAAGAAUUUCAUGCUCAUGGAAUAAUGGAGCACUGGAGGGCAUCAAAACAGGACUUAGUGAUUACUCUUAUGAUACGUUUUUGAAACACAACAAGUCUAUUCAAGAUAGGUAAAUAGACCCCCAAACAAUUGUUCCAUAUUGAAGGUAAGGAUAGAAAAAAUAUAAGGUACACAACGAUGGCAUAGAAAGGUAUAUGUAGAAUCUGGCUUUUGUUAUGAAUAGAUCUAUAGACCUUAUUUGCAAUUAAGUUAACACGUUCUUUCCAAUUUAAAUUUUCAUCGACAUAAACACCUAGAAAUUUAGUGUGUCUUACGUUCAGUAGUUUCGUUGUUUAUUCUAUUUUUACCCACACGAGGCAAGAGAGAAGGAAGGGAUUUUCCACAGAGUAAUAAGUAAAAGUCAAACUGUUUUAGCCAUUCACUCCCGUUUCCAUGAAUGCACAUUUCUUGCAGUUUUAUUUACAAAGAAGAAUCGGCGUUGCCUCCACCCCGAAGGUUCAAAAAGCCCUUGUAAGUACCUGAAUUGCACCUUCGCGAGGCUGGCUAAGGUCGCAGUCAUAUAAGAUUUAGAAGAGACCAUAGCAUAGGGAUUUCAAAGCCCCAUGCAAAGUGCAAACGGACGCAACAUUGUUGACGUCACACUGGUUGAGUCGGUUUGCACACCCUGUCGCAUGUUGGUGCGUGUUGUUGAGAGUUGUUGCGUAAAGUUUGAAACCAGUCAAAGUUUUGACUUCCGUGAUCACUGAAGCGUAGCGCAACAAUAUUGGAUCCGUUUGCACAACUCUUCCAACAUUGUUGGGGCCACGCACGCGCAUUACACAUGGCAAAUUGGUCAUCAAAGUCCUGUGGGUUGUAUCCUUCCCACGAUGCACUGCAGGUGCCAGCAUUGUUGGGAGUUGAUGCAUAUGUUUGCACACCACUACCAACACGGACGCAACAACUCCCAACAUUGUUGUUGCGUCCAUUUGCACUUAGCUCAGGCGGAAACGGACACAACAAUGUUGGCCAACAACUACCAACAUUGUUGGAUGUUACACUGUGUUGCUUCCGUUCGCACACCCUGUUGCAUGUUGUUGAGCCAAGUAUGAAACCGGUCAAGCUUUUAGCUACGUGCAAACGGACGCUAUUAAUUUUAAAAUCUCAGACUUGGAAGAAUCCAAGACUGUCUUGUCACCCCAUGUAAAGGAAUCCCGGUUCUAGCAAGAAUAUCCGGUAUAUUUUUGCUUUUAAAAACUUCAAAUGCGUGAAAAUUGAGGUUGUGGAAUCAAGGGGAAUCUUAGGGACUGGUCAAAAAGUUUGCCGGAGCAUUUGGAAAUGCGGUUGAUAAAACACACACGGCCCACCCUCUUCCAUCGGUACAAAAAUGACUGACCCACCCCAAAAGCAAAGUUGGUUUCCUCUUAAUAAUCCAAUAAAUCCUUGUUCUGUGCUUAACAAAAUUUGUUGAUACACUGCUACAACCAAUAUCAAAAUCACAGAAAUCAUACCUUUCACUGAAAAGACAAAUGUGAAAAACCGAACAUUUCUUGUUUCGAUGGACGUUAUGAGUCUUGACACAAAUAUACCGCAAAACGAGGGUAUUUAACAAUUGUUCUUUGAAAUCGAGGUGAAUAGUGGCUAAAUAUUUACCUCGCCACUUCGUGGCUCGGUAAAUAUUCCUAAAGCCACUAUUCACCGAGAUUGAAAAGAAUAAUUGUUCUAUUAGUAUAUACACACGAAGUGAUCUCAGCAAAAUCAGAGGGAAACCAUUGAAAGUAUGAUUUGAUUGACAGAUCAGAGUCUGGUCAGCUAGACACACGAAAGUUUAAAAAUAGAUCUUUGAAGAAGCCUUCAGGGUUGAGAAUCCUACGAAAAACUCCUCAGAAACAACCUUUGACGAAAAUAAUUCAAAUUUAAAAAAAGCAACAACAACGCUUGAUGGACGGAGGCUACCCACAAACUUUGAUAGAAAACCUACUCUCAGAAAUAAAAUUCACAGAAGGGAGUUUAAACUCCUACAACAAAAUAUCAAGGAGGAAAAAGAAAUAUUGCCAUUCGUGACACAAUACUACUCUCAGUGUCUACUAUAAAGGAGGCUUCAAUGAAAAAAUGGAAUCUUAUACAAAACCAAAAAAGGAAAAUCAUUAAAGGACAUGAUCGUUAGAGCCCCAAAAAAAGAAGGUUAAACAUAGGGUUUCACGCCCGCAUGGAUGUGCGGCCUGUCACCCUUUGCAUCUUCCUGCACAACGGGUUGGUGAGGAUAUAGCAAUAGUUCCAGCUGGCUGUGUUUUAUAUAACAAGUGUGAUCAACAGUCUCGUGAAUAGUUAGUGCCCAUCUAUGUAAUAAAAUAGGAUGACCCACCCCCUAAGGGUAGCGGAAAAUUGCAAGACCCACCGCCUGCACAAGGCUCAAAACCUCAUGACCCACCCCCUCUCUGCUCCGCCCCCCAUACUUUUUGACGACUCCCUUACAGCUCAAGGAAUGCCGAAUCUGAAUAAAAAUUUGAAACCAGAAUCCAAGAUCUGCUGGCAAAGACUAGAAUCCAGUACUUUGAAUUUGGAAUCCACGGCGAGGAAUCCAGAAUGCAAGACUGCGUUGGAUUCCCUUCCAUGGGGCGAGUCGUAGAUUACCAUACCUCCUCCCGGGGGAGGGUACUCCCCUAUAAAAGCCAUAUAUGUUUUUUGCCGCCCCAAAGGAUAGGGUUUUUGGGCCGUUUUUGUCUGAAAAGAGGUAAUGAAUUUGCCCAUUUUGGUCUGGAAUCGGGUAUAUAGUUUUCGAGGGAAGUAGGGGUUUGUACUGGAACGUAUUCAUUGUUUAAAUCCCAGAUGAGGUACAAAGAAAGAAAAGUAUGCGAAUUCGAAAUGGAUUUUAAGAAAUCUCUUUUGUUACUGUUUAAUCUAAGUAAUUAAUUUUAUGAAAUAAUUUCUUAAAGGCCAGGUCUGAAAACGGGUGUGAAAAAUGAUAUUUUUUGGUCUGAAAUAGGGUCAGGAUUUGGAAGAACCGGGCGGCACACCCCCACCAAUAUUUCCCACAAGUACUCCCCCCACCCCGGGCCAUACCUGUAGCGAUGUCUGUUCUUUUCCUCUUGGUGUAUACCGCUAUUGUAAGUACUCUGAGUACUAAACGGCUACUUUUUUUAAAUUCAGGCCAUUGCCACCUUGUUAUUUUGUGCCAUCUCCACUUUGCUGAGUUUGGCAAUCAUCGGCUGUUACGCCUACACCGCCGCGGUUUUUUGGAAAGUUUAUUUGAGUCAUCGUCACUACCUGGUGAUCGCUUGUUUCACAUGUCUUUUCGCCAUUGCUGAGACCAUCAUAGGGGCUUGUGCAACCAUAUAUAUAUACGAACCAGAGCAGGUAAGAAACUAGUUCAUGGAGAUGACAAUUUUUUGCCAUCUUUAAUUGACUCGAUUAAAUACAUUAAACACCGCCCUUGAUUAAACGCUACAGAUAGCAGCAGCAUUCUAGCCUGCAGGGAUCAUUUAGUCAAUACCCCAGUCACAGCUUAAACAUUGCUGGCUCGAUUUUCCAACAAUUUAAAUCCCACGGCAUUUGUAAACACAAAUAGACCUUUUUACCUAUACGGCAGCCAUAUUGAAUUAAUUCGAUUUGAGGAGUAUUAUAGGAUGCCCAGGGGGCAUGAGCACAUUUCGUUUGUAUUUUCGAGCGCUUUUCGGAACAUUUUUUCUUAAAGCUUUCUUAGAAUAAGAUUGUAAUGGUAAAAAAAAACCUUGUGCCGUGUUUGGAUGUAAUAAUGAUCACCUUUUCCUAGUUUAGUAUUAGCAAUGUGGUCUUUCACUGUUUAUUUCUCGAGAAAAAGGCGAUCAAUAUUGCAUUGAAACACAGCACAAGGAUCUUUUUCCCCAUUACAAUCUUAUUCUAAGAAAACGUUACAGUCAAACCAAGUCAAGCGUACCCCCCAAGAUUCUAUUAAUGAAUUCAUUAUUUGAAAAAUGAAUCCGUUAGUCGUUCCCGUAACUGGUGUCAAAUUCAAAGCGGUAUUUCUGCAUGCGUAAUGAGCACUGAAUAUUUUACGAGAACUUCUCUGUAUUUGGUCAGAUUGGAAAUCUUUGAAUGGAUUAAGCUUCUUAGAAGACAUUUACAUCAAUUCCAGGAAAAUGGAGCUGGUAGAAAUUUCAUAACUGCCUCGCGCGUGAAUUCACGACUCAUUACACAUGCAAGAAUGCAGAGAUCAAUCUGAAAUCUACAACUAGCAACGGAUUCAACUUUUGAAUAUUAAAUUCAUUAAUGGAUUCUUGGGGGGUACGCUUGACCUGGUUUGACUGUAAGGAAAAAUGUCCCGAAAAGCGCUCGAAAAUACAAACGAACUGUGCUCAUGCCCCUUAGGCAUCCUAUAAUACCCCUUAAAUCGAAUUAAUUCAAUAUGGCCGCCGUAUCGGUAAAAAGGUCUAUUUCACUCUUUUUAUUAUACAUGUAAAAGCCCCCUGCAUGCAAAACCAUUUGAAAACAAUCCAAGGAGAUUAGUAAAAUAUUCUCACUGCAUACCUAUUACCCCGUCACGGGGAACUAAGUUCUGGAAAGAUACCGCGACUGCCAGGGCAAUAGGCAUGCCGGGAACAGCGGAUGUGCAGCUGAACCGCCACCAGGGGAGGUGGGAGGGGCGAAACGCAAAUACGUAUACCACUUUGACCGAAAUCCGUAGAACUGACGAAGAAAGCACUGAAACCGCACUAUUUGAAGCGAGGGCCGCAAGGCAUCAAGCCCACCAGCGCGCAAGCCUACCACGAAAUAAUUUAAUGGAAAUAAUCAUUCACGUAUGCAAUAAGAAAUAUUGCCGGAAUUUUAAAGUGCCUUUCCCAAAACUAGCAGUAAAAAACAAUAAACAACUUGAUCUUCUAAAAAAAUGUAUCCCUGUCUCUUACUUUAUCUUUUACGAAAAACAGGCAAACAGCGUUGCUCCAUUGGAUGAAACAGGUCAGGUCAGAGAUGAUGUGCAAGCACAGGACAUCCAAGCCCCGAAGGUCAAGGAGGAGGCUUGGACGUCGGGCGUGUGACUUUGCACACGUUGGUCAUGUAGCCUACGCUUAUACCCUAUUAUGCUAGUUCUACUUUUUUUUUUUCAUUUAUAGUUCACCUUUUUAGUGUUUUUGGUAAAAAUAUUUUAAAUUUCGAGUUUAUUUCUUUAGGUGGACAUUUUCUAAGAAUCGCAUAGUUUGAAAGCCUGUUUGGUUGAAAAAAAGUAAUCUUCAAUGAAGGAAUGGCAAAAAGUUAAUGUCACAUUCAGGGAUUUUAGCAGGGAUCAUUUGUAAGCGGUCUCGAGAUCAUUCGCGGCGUUGUGCAGACUCCCACUCCUUUUCAUAAAGAAGCCUACAUGAUAACUCGGAAAUGGCCAAUCGAAAUUUGGGAAUGUACCUAUUUGUGAAAAGGGUUGGGAAAACUGAAGUACCCAAGAAUAAAACUUUCAGAGCAAAGGAGAAAAUCUACAACAAAAUUAACCACAUGUGGCGUCGCUUCUGUAAUUUGAUACCGGGCCAUAAUAAUUCCAGGGCAGUGCUCGCGUCACUGCGCGAACUCUCAGACUUUGAACGAAGUGGCGUAAAAGUCAUUCUACAUAUAUAUUUUGUUGAGUUGGUAAAAUGGUUUAGAUACAACUACAACUUUUGUAAGAGAGUAAAAUAAAUAAUAAGGCUUUUAUAUAGGGAUAACCUCUAGAUAUCACCUUUCGAGAGAC